AUGUCUUCAUCUUUAAGUUUUCUUGAGGGCCCGGAUAACGAUUCGCCUAUUCGAGAUUCAAAAGAUCCCGAGAAUAAAUAUAUAGAGGGAAUAACAUUAACCACUACUUUUAUUGAAGGAGCUACGACCAAAAUAACAGAUGCCGCUUCUACAGUUCUUCCUGCAGUGGCUAAUAAUGAAUUAAUAAAAAGAUUCAUUCCGUUUGUAAGCGAUGCAUGUGAAAUUAUCCUAUCAAUAAUAUCCAUUUACAAAACCGCUGAACAUAAUAAAUUUAUUUGCGACGCCAUUCUUGAUCGUGUAUACGUGGCUGAAGCUUCCAUCAAAUAUCUUCACAUCUGUAGAGAUCAGAAGAUGGAGUUUUUUAAUAAGAAAAACAUUAAAGUCAUUAAAAAUCUAAUGAAAUGUAUGAAGGAGAUGGAAAGUUUUGCAAAGAAGUGUCUAAGGUGA